CCGCCCUGUGCGCUGGCAGAGGAGGCGGCGGCGCUGGGCAGGGUCCGGGCGCAGGCGGGAGCGCGGCUCAGCAGCUCCGCUGGGGCCGUGCCGAGCCGCGCCGCGGGGACCAUGCCGUCCUACACCGUCACGGUGGCCACGGGCACCCAGUGGUUCGCGGGCACCGACGACUACGUGUACCUGACCCUGCAGGGCACGGACGGCUGCAGCGAGAGGCACCUCCUGGACAAACCCUUCUACAAUGACUUCGAGCGCGGCGCGGUUGACUCCUAUGAUGUGACUGUGGAAGAAGACCUUGGAGAAAUUCAGCUAAUAAAAAUUGAGAAACGGAAAUACUGGUACCAGGAUGACUGGUACCUUAAGUAUAUCACUGUUAAAACACCAGUGGGUGACUAUCUGGAGUUCCCCUGUUACCGCUGGAUUACAGAUGAAAAGGAGGUUGUCCUUCGAGAUGGAAGAGCAAAGCUCCCCCGAGAUGACAAGACUCAGAUUCUCAAGCAGCACAGGCGCAAAGAGCUCGAAUCCCGUCAGAAAAUGUACCGCUGGAAGGAGUGGCAUCCAGGCUUUCCGCUGAGCAUUGAUGCCCAUUCUCACAGUGAACUGCCUCGUGACAUCCAGUUUGACAAUGAGAAGGGAAUUGACUUCAUUCUGAACUACACAAAAGCGAUGGAAAAUCUUUAUGUCAACCGUUUCAUGCACAUGUUCCAGUCUUCCUGGAGUGAUUUUGCAGAUUUUGAGAGGAUUUUUGUCAGAAUCAGCAACACAAUCUCUGAAUAUGUGAUGCAACACUGGAGGGAAGAUUUUAUGUUUGGCUACCAGUUCCUGAAUGGAUGCAAUCCUGUGCUGAUCCGGAGAUGCACAGAGAUACCCAAGAAGCUGCCUGUGACCAUGGAUAUGGUAGAAUGCAGUCUGGAGAGGAACCUGACUCUGGAGGAGGAAGUGAAGCAAGGCAACAUUUUCAUUGUGGACUAUGAGCUGCUUGAUGGUGUGGAUGCCAAUAAAACAGACCCGUGCACAAUACAGUACUUGGCUGCACCCAUCUGUCUGCUGUAUAAGAAUCUGGAGAAAAAAAUUGUACCCAUUGCAAUCCAGCUUGGUCAAAAGCCUGGACCAGACAAUCCCAUCUUCCUCCCUUCAGAUGCCACCUAUGACUGGCUGCUAGCUAAAAUUUGGGUCCGUUCCUCUGAUUUCCACAUCCACCAGACAGUGACCCACCUGUUACGGACACAUUUGGUCUCAGAGGUGUUCAGCAUAGCUAUGUUUCGGCAGCUGCCUGCUGUACAUCCCCUCUUCAAGCUCUUGGUGCCACAUAUGCGGUUCACAAUAGCCAUCAAUACCAAAGCCCGAGAACAGCUUAUCUGUGAAUGUGGUCUUUUUGACAAGGCAAAUGCUACGGGUGGAGGAGGACACGUACAAAUGGUGCAGAAAGCAAUGAAGGAUCUGACUUAUAGUUCCCUCUGCUUCCCUGAGGAGAUCAAAGCUAAAGGAAUGGACAGCAAAGAGGAUAUCCCCUACUACUAUUACCGGGAUGAUGGCAUUAGGGUCUGGGAGGCUAUAAAGAGUUUUGCAGAGGAUGUAGUUCACAUCUACUAUGAGAGCGACGAGGUGGUGUGUGAGGACGUGGAGCUGCAGGCCUUUGUCAAAGACAUUUAUGUCUAUGGAAUGAGGGGUGUGAAAGCCUCAGGGUUCCCUAAGAUGAUCAGGACACGAGAGACACUAGCAGAAUAUCUCACAGUGAUCAUGUUCACUACAUCGGCUCAACACGCAGCUGUGAAUUUUGGUCAGUAUGACUGGUGCUCCUGGAUUCCCAACGCCCCACCAACAAUGCGCUGCCCUCCUCCAACAGAAAAGGGCACAGUCACCAUUGAGCAAAUUGUGGAGAGUCUGCCAGACAGGGGACGUUCUUGUUGGCAUCUUGGAGCUGUCUGGGCCUUGAGCCAAUUCCAGGACAAAGAACUGUUCCUGGGCAUGUACCCAGAUGAACACUUCGUGGAGAAGCCAGUGAAAGAGGCUAUGGCAAAAUUCCGCAAGAAUUUGGGUGAGAUUGUCAACUCCAUCACUGAGCGCAACAAGAACAAGAAGCUUCCUUACUACUACCUUUCCCCAGAUCGUAUUCCCAACAGUGUUGCUGUUUGAGCACAUAGCCAGGAGAGUUUGAAGGCCUGUAAAGCUAAUGAUGUUCUUCUGUUAUAUGCUUCUUCAAUUAGCUUUUCAGAAAUGGAUAAGAAACCCACCCUCUCCAUCAGAGCUUGCUUAAGUCUAUUUGAACUUUCAAAAUAAAUUGGGUUAUGACCAAUCUUGCAAACAAAAUCUAACUGACAGCCCUCUAGGUCAAAUUUUUUACAAUUUGUUAUUUUUUCAGGAUUUUAAAACUAAUCUUAGAAUCAAUAUACAUGUUUCUAAAUAGAUAUGUUAUCUUUCUUUCUCCUUGUCAAAACAAUGUAAUCACAGAUUCACUUACGCAAUGGAAAUAGUAUCAUGAGCAAUAAGCACGUCACAUUUUAAAAUCCUUCCUGUUUUUAAUAGGUGACACUGGUGACAUAAAAAAAUAUCACUUUUAAAGUUUAUGCAUUGUUUCAAAUCUGAUUAAUGUGAAGUAUUUUCACUACCAUCAUGAAUAUCCUAAUCAGGAUGAAGGUAGAAGCAGGAAAUUUUUUUGACAUAGCUGAUGGGGUUUUAUUGCUUUCUUACCAAGUUGAUGGGAAAUGACAUCUCAUAGGAGAUGAAAAUUUUGUACCUUCUUAAACCUAAGUAUUUUCUACAUAAAACUUGGAAGGUUUGUUUUAGCCUCUGCCAUCAGAGUUUGAUGUCAUUCACAUGUAGGGACAAAUCUUGUACUCAAGGCCGUGUCAGCAAGUACAGACCUACGCUCAGUUUGUUUCAUUGCUGAGGCUGCAGGGGUUUGCGAGCAGUUUCUUCUGUUUUGUGGGGAAUUAAGAGGCUACUUUGUAUAAUGGAAAAAAUUUGUGGAAAAGGCUUAAUUGACAGCUUCUAAGAGGAAUCUUUAGAUUUGGCCAAUUAAACAUGACUGACAUGUUCCAUCUUAGUUAUAAACCACUGAGUUUUGUCUGUUUUGUUUAGAGGUGUUUAUGUUCAAACACUUGGGCUCUGGUAAAAGUUGAGAAAGUCACUGAAAAAAGCAAAAUUGAGGUUUGUGAAAUUUAAGUUGUGGUUUUGCUGAUUAGAAUUUGGGUUUUUCUGAGAAUUUGUUCCUUGUACUUGAUCUGCCAGCAUGCAGUGUGCUUUCUCAAUAGAUAAGAAAAUUUCUUGUGCUAAUAAAAAAACCUGAACGUCUAACUUCUAUUUCCUAAUUCAGCAUUUAAUACUAUAUGUCUCAAAAACCUUGUAGGAAUAAACAAAAUGUGCUGUGUAGAGAAA